GUGUGGAAGACUAGAUCAUGACAAUAAUACAGGCACAAACAAGGGAACACAACAACAGCAACAAGUCUAAACAGAAACAAAGACACACGCAACUGGACACCCACAACUCGCUCUGUCUGUCUGUAGUAUACAUGUGCUUGACGCAGCACAAAAGGAGCUCCGUUACAAUUAUGACACACAACACUCAGUCGAUACAAAUACAUCAGUGUCAUUCACAAGGUUCUCCCGCAACUCAGUAAACACGACUUACAAGCCCCGUGCCUCUUUUUGUCUAGUUUUUACACGCCACAUCGCCCCAACUGCGCUGCAAGCCGGAGCGAGUCCCAGACGCGUCAUACACUUUUGUGGUCGCUGCACGACAUUGUCCUUUUUCCCGAGAACCGACGUGAGCUUGUGGCGAGCAACAAAGUACGUGCUCAACAAACAUGUUGCUGAACGCUCGGGAUCUUGUCUGCAGCGUCGCAUUAUCGCCGAGAAACGCCGUGAGAAAACACACUUGUCACUGUGUCUCGGAAGCGCAGGCAUUCAGCCACGGCCAGGUUGAGUCUACAACUUUCUCAUGCUUACUUUUAAGCCCAGCCCCCCGGUCGAGAAGAGGAAGGUUCCUGUGUUACACAGCGUACAGCGGUACAUUCGUUUAUUCUACUAUUAGCUCCCAGAGAGAGAGGUAGAGAUGGCUGAAGUCGCUCCCGCUCCCGCCGCCGUGCCGGCCAAAGCGCCCAAGAAGAAGGCAGCUUCGAGGACCAAGAAAACAGGCCCUAGCGUCGGCGAGCUCAUUGUCAAAGCGGUGUCCUCGUCCAAGGAGAGGAGCGGCGUGUCUCUUGCCGCUCUGAAGAAAGCUUUGGCUGCUGGCGGAUACGACAUAGAGAAGAACAACUCCCGCGUCAAGCUCGCCGUCAAGGGUCUCGUUACUAAAGGCACUCUGGUGCAGACCAAAGGGACCGGCGCGUCUGGAUCUUUCAAGCUGAACAAGAAGCAGACCGAAGUUAAGAAGCCCGCAAAGAAAGCCACGCCCAAAGCGACAAAGGCGGCCGCCAAGAAGCCCGCCGCGGCUAAGAAGCCCAAGAAAGUAGCAGCCAAGAAACCCUCAGCCAAGAAGUCUCCCAAGAAGACAAAGAAGCCCGUCACUGCCGUCAAGAAAGCCACCAAAAGCCCCAAGAAGGCCAAAAAGCCGGCGACCCCCAAGAAAGCAGCCAAGAGCCCCAAGAGGGCCAAAAAGCCGGCGACCCCCAAGAAGGUAAAGGCUGUAAAGCCAAAAGCAGCGAAGGCCAAAAAGGCUCCCAAGAAGAAGUAA